CCUGUCCGAUGCCCUCGGGAGCCGCCGAGGCUGAAGGCGGCCGGGCGGAGGGGGCACACGCGGGUCCCCGCGGGCUCUCACUCGGUGUCGUGCCCCGGCAGAACGUCCUGGCUGGAGCACUCUUUGGGCCGUGGACUGGGCUGGUGCUGUGUUCGGCCCUGACGUCUGUGGGAGCGACCUUCUGCUACCUGCUCUCGGGCGCGUUCGGGAAGCAGUUCGUUGUCUACUACUUUCCUGAUAAAGUGGCUCUGCUGCAGAGAAAGGUGGAAGAGAACAGGAGCUGCUUAUUUUUCUUCUUGUUGUUCCUGAGGCUGUUCCCUAUGACACCAAACUGGUUUCUGAAUCUCUCAGCUCCCAUUUUAAACAUCCCUGUGUCCCAGUUCUUCUUCUCUGUUCUCAUCGGUCUUACACCAUAUAAUUUCAUCUGUGUGCAGACAGGAGCCAUUCUGUCACAAAUUACUUCUUUGGAUGCCAUUUUCUCCUGGAACACGCUGCUCAAACUGCUUGCAAUGGCUGUGGCAGCAUUGAUACCAGGGACCCUCAUCAAGAAAUAUAGCAAGAAGCACUUGAAGCUGGAUGAAGACAAGCAUGCUCAGUUCCUCAAUGGCAGGAAGAGCUUGUGAUGGCCCAGGUGCCCCAGAUGUUGCGGGACUGCUUUGCAAAAGCUGCAGGUCUCUGUUCCUGUGGGUUAUAUUUUGCAUGCACUGUGCCACCGUGGACUAGGGACAAUUGCAGUUUUUAAUUGUUCUUCUCGUCUAAGAGGAGGUGUAAGGUUCUUAUUUUUAAUGAAUGUUUAACUGCGUGUAUCUGCACGGAGAGCACUAUACAGGGUCUUUGUGACUACUUCAGUUAAUUUGCCUGUUUUCUUUUAAAUCAGCCUGUGCCUGAGUGUGGUGCCAGCUCACUAAAGAUGUAUUAGUGAUGGGG